GCCCUCCCGCCGGAGCGGGGCUGUGAAGCGCACACACAGGCACACACACGCACACGCACACACAGAUACAUACUCCGGCUCCCUCCGGCGCGCACGCACACUGCGCCCCGGGCAGACCAGCGCAGCAGCCGCCUGCUUGGACACCCGGACGCCGAAGGGCCCUGACCCACUCGCGGCUCCUGCGCCCGCGCCCACCCUGCAGCUCCGCCAGGACCGCGGGACCACUCCGGCCGCCGCCGCGACUGCCACCCCCGGAGACGCCGGCUGGUCGACCGCCGCCGCCGCGCGCGGUUCCGCCGCCGCACCCGAAGCCGCUCCGCCGCGGGCUUUGCCGUCUUGGGGCCGCGCCCCGCUCCCGCGCCUCGGAGACUGAGCGGAGCAAACUUCGCCAACCAGCCAGCGCUCGGCGGCGACCCUCCUGCGUUCCCGCGCGCCUAGGUGGGCUCGGGGCGCUCGGACCUAGGGGCGUGCGGUUGCCCUGCUCGCUGCACCUGCUUGGGCACCCCCCCCACCCGCUUUCCGGAGACCCGCGAGCCGCGGACACUUAGCAAACUUUUCUAACCCCCAACAGAGGGGGAGCGAGAAGGGGUGAAAGCGAAGGAGGUCCCAGGGGGCGUGCGCGCACCUGCGGGCUCUUAGCUGGGUGCCAGCGCGCGGGAGCCGGCCCGGCUCUCCCGCCGCACCCCAUCCCCCCGACUCCCGCCUCUCUCGCCAGCUCUCGCUCCCGCCCCUGCCUUUCCGGUGGGUGCAGGGGGGCGGGGUGCGGAGGGCAGCGUAGCCCGCGCGGUGCUCAGUGGGGCCACUUUGCAUGGCCCUGCGCAGUGGGACCGGCUACCUCGGCCGGCUCUGGCGCAGGGUGUCCAGAUUCCGGAACGCCUGGCCCCGGCGCUCCAACAACGUCCUGUGCCAGUCGGUGGUUGCCACGGAGCCCCUGCCCCGCCAUCACUGGCAGCGGGGCCCCCGCCAGCCUCCCCGCCCCCCGCCUCAGGGCUGCUGCUGCUACUGCUGUUGCGGUCGCCGCUUGCAACUUGGCGGCGGCGGCGGCGGCGGCGGAGGGCGGCGGGCGCUGCAGUGGGGCGAGGGCGGCGGUGAGCCCGCGGGACAUGCCCCCCGCGCCGGCUCCCUGCUCGCAGCCAUGAAGCGGCAGAACGUGCGGACGCUGUCGCUGAUCGCGUGCACCUUCACCUACCUGCUGGUGGGCGCCGCGGUCUUCGACGCCCUGGAGUCCGACCACGAGAUGCGCGAGGAGGAGAAACUCAAGGCGGAGGAGAUCCGGAUCAAGGGGAAGUACAACAUCAGUAACGAAGAUUACCGGCAGCUGGAGCUGGUGAUCCUGCAGUCGGAGCCGCACCGCGCCGGCGUCCAGUGGAAAUUCGCCGGUUCCUUUUACUUUGCCAUCACCGUCAUCACUACCAUAGGCUAUGGCCACGCGGCACCCGGCACAGACGCGGGCAAGGCCUUCUGCAUGUUCUACGCGGUGCUGGGCAUCCCGCUGACGCUGGUCAUGUUCCAGAGCCUGGGCGAGCGCAUGAACACCUUCGUCCGCUACCUGCUGAAACGCAUCAAGAAGGGCUGUGGUAUGCGCAACACGGAGGUCUCCAUGGAGAACAUGGUGACCGUGGGCUUCUUCUCCUGCAUGGGCACGCUGUGCAUCGGCGCGGCCGCCUUCUCCCAGUGCGAGGACUGGAGCUUCUUCCACGCCUACUACUACUGCUUCAUCACGCUCACCACCAUCGGCUUCGGGGACUACGUGGCGCUGCAGAGCAAGGGUGCCUUGCAGAAGAAGCCGCUGUACGUGGCCUUCAGCUUCAUGUACAUCCUGGUGGGGCUCACGGUCAUCGGAGCCUUCCUCAACCUGGUCGUGCUCAGGUUCCUGACCAUGAACAGUGAGGACGAGCGGCGCGACGCCGAAGACCGGGCGUCGCUGACCGGCAACCACCACAGCCUGGUCAUCCAUGUCCCCGACGAGCCGCGGCCAGGCCGUGCCCGCGCCAAGGGCGAGGGCACCGAACUGCAGUCCGUGUGCGCCUGCUCGUGCUACCGCUCGGUGGCCACGCACCAGAACUCCUUCGGUGCCAAGCUCGCACCCCAGAACUUGCAGUCCAUCUCGUACAGGAUGGAGGAGAUCUCCCCGAGCACCUUGAAGAACAGCCUGUUCCCGUCACCCAUCAGCUCCAUCUCCCCUGGGGUGCACAGCUUCUCCGAGCACCACCGGCUGAUGCGGCGCCGGAGGUCCGUCUAAGGUGCGGGGCGGGCGCCAGCACGGCCGCGUCCCCUGUGUCAGAGUCGACGCGAAGUAGCUGCAGCUUCGCGAGUGGUGCCCGUGGACGCUGGGUCUCCCCGCCAAAGCCCCACAAGGCUUUGGGAACUCUGCCUUCUCACGCCGACCUCCUCCGUGCCCUGUCCCUAAACUCCCGCAGGGACGGUCCAGCUCUCCACGGCACAAGCACGGGGAGCCGGGGCCCCUCCUGCUCUCGGUCCUGGAGACGCGCCUGCCGUUCUGCUGUAAUCUGUGGUCUCUGCCUUUGAGAUACUUGGCGCCGGCGGGUUCUGUCUCGGGGCCUUCUUGGGUCCCCGCGCACUGAGCAUUCUGCCUGCUGCAGCCCAGAACCCGUGCCCGAGCAGGUCUGCGCCUCUGCCCAUGCUGUUCCUGCUACCUGUCACUCUGCAACGUGGUGCGGGAGCAGCUCACUCUCCUGCCCCUCUGCCCCCUGGAGGACUCAGCGGUGGCCUCCCCUGGCCCUGUCUCUCUCAUGGACAAAGCCUGAGAGACAAACUUCCUUGGAGCAGCAGUUGCUGGGCUGCUCCCAGGAGCCGAGACAGGUUUUAGCUUCUUACCCAAAUGGCCAUGCCCUCCCCCCACCAAUAAGCAAGGCAAGUCUCCCCUUGCUAACAAGGGAAUUUGGGGACUUUGCUCCAUUCCCGAUGGCCUAACCCCACGCAUGGGCUGCAAAUCUCCCCCACCCCCCAACGAUUCAAUGAGUGUGCCAUGUGGGGCAGAGCCGGCACCUGUCCACCUCACAGCCCGGCCUUUCCCAUAGGCGCCUGCAGGUGUCGGUUACGCCGUGCUGUAUUGGGCCUAGGCCAUGUGCUCAUGGUGGUGUGUCUCGGGGAGACCGAGUGGCUGAGCGCGGUGCACAGUGAUUGGCACAGAACUCCAUGCCUGGACAGCCCUGCACCUGCCACUUCCAGCUCCGGGCCCCCGGGAAGAGGCAAGGGUUGGCGGGCAAUGCCUCCAGUGAGCAGCAGGCCCCCGGCAUCUCACAGCCCUGGAAUCCACCUGUCUUUCCCAGGUGGGUGGUGGAUUUGCCUCUCACCAGCCUUGGUCCCCCCCCCCCCUUUACCGUGGAGAUGACCAAUAACCCCUACUGCGCAGGGGGCCGGUGAGGACUGGAGGUAACAUUUGCCGAUGGCUGUUCUGCGCCGAGCACCAUGCUGUGUCAACCUGUCUUUGCUCUGUGGGGCCCAGGGCUGAGGGGAGCUCUGCCCUGCCUAGAAUGCGGCACAGUGCAAAGGAAGGUGCUGCUGCCCCAGAGCUUACCCUGGGCACCGGGCCAACUGCACCUGCCAGGGGUGGGAGCGUUUCGCCCCAGUGCAGAGAUGGGUCCAGGCCAGCCAGGGAGUGUUCGCUGCAUUGCCUACUCCUGCACCUGCUGCAAAAGCCGGGCUCGGUCCUGUGCCCUGGGGACGAUGAUGAGGGGAGAGCCACGUCCCAGUGGAGGCAGCAGUGGUCACUACCUAUGCAGAUGUUGGCCCUCAGGCUUUGCCCCAUUCCUGCGGGUCCCCGAGGACCAACAGAGUCCUGGAGGGUUAGGUUUCCCAGCCUGACACAAGCAGUAAGAGAUGAUGGGGUGCCAGCUGCCCGGAUACCUGCAGUGUCUUCUUCCUGGUCCCUGCAGUGUGGUGGCCUGGGGAGGUCUGAGAAUAAGAGGAAAGCGCUGGUGACCCCCAUCCACCCCCAGGCUUCCAGCUCCCCUUCUGUGAAGGGCCUGGAACGGGGAUCGCUACUUAAGGGUCAGGGCAGGGGGCAUCCAGGAACGUGCCUGCAGGCUGCGUGGGGUUUCUGAGCCUGUGUGGGACACACAGGUUAGCCAGGAAGCUGGGGGGGGGGCUACCUGACAGGGGACAGUGGAUGUCAGCACAAUGCAGGGGACCUUUGGGAGGGUGGGGGGGGUCAGAGCUGGAGGGGCGGUGGAGGGGCAGGGGAAGGAUGCGUCAGAGUGUCCAAGAGGCCCACUUGGGAUGUUCUCACUCUUCCAUCCCUGUGUGGAGCGUCUGGCCCAGCCUCACCAGGGAGUGGCAUCUCAUGAACCUGGCCCCCAUGGACGCAGCAGCUCAGUCUGGCCUCUCGUAGGUUGGAGAGGACAUGGGAACCUUCCCACCAGCCCAGCCCUGGCCUCCCUUAGAUGUAGUCAGACCUCAUGGCUUGGUAAGUCACCUCCUAACCUCUGCCAUCAAAGGUGAAAUGGCCAGGUGAGACGCAGGCAUUGGCCAGGCAGGUACAGGGAGACAGACUUGGUGGUGUUAUGUACAAGACUUUGACGCUGGGUAGGCAUGGAGGCAGCCCAGGGUUGGACCCUUCCAGCCAGGGGCUGGGUUCCUGCUUCCUGGGGGCUCCCCAUUUUCCAGGUGGACGUGUGCUGUAUGGACUUCUCCCACUGAAGAAUCCCGUCCCCGCCCUGCCCCCAGAACCCUUCCAUGGAUGAGCUUGCACGUCAAGGCGGCUUCUCGGUUAUGGGCCCGCUCAGUUCCCAGGGGAUGGCGGGGAGGGGGCGAACCUGCAACGGGGGAAGCCCACCUUGCGUCUGGUGAACCUAGGGGACCUCGCACCUUUCCUGCAUGCAAGGGGAUGGUGCCCCUCCCAGCAGCAGCUGCAGCAGCAGUGGAGGGUCUGGUGGCUCCCUGGGGUCCCGUGUACACCGCGGGCUGCUGAUUUCUGCACUGUCAGCCUCAGUGAGGGGCUGGGGCGAUCUCAACCAUCUCGAACCACCAUGGCAAGUGGGCCUCAAGCUGCCAGACGGCACACCCCUGGAACCCAGAAUGUGCCUCGGCCAUUUUUCAUGUUCCCAAGCUGAGUUUUUAAAGAGUUGGGUGGAAUUAAAAAAUGCAAGGAAAAAUGCAAUUAGCUGGAACCCAAUGGAGCAGAACCCACAAUUAACAAGGUUUCUCCCUAAUUUGAUGGCUGCUCCGAGACCACCACACUUCUGAUAAGGGCUAAUUACACGUUUGUUUAUUCAUCCCAGAAAAAGCAUCCUGACAGCCGUUUUUGGGCUGGGAGGUCCCUGGGGUGGGGGUGUCCAUCAGCCCACCCCAGCUGUAGCAGGGACGCCACCAAGUACACUGCAUUGGGUGGGCGAGACUGUUACUACUGCCAAGGACGAUUUAAACAGAUGAACCCAACUGGAAGAUGGAGACCUUGGUACGUCCCAAAGCUUUGAGUAGAAGGUUCACAAGUUAGCACCUAGAGGCGACAUAGCACCAAAGACGUCAGAUAGGAUGACCAGUGGAAUCCCAGCCGCACUGAUAGCCGGCCAGCAAACCGUCAUCGUCCCUCCUAGAGGUCCUUUUUUUCCCCUUCAGUCAACCAUGCAUCCUUGUACAAGAGAAAACUCACCUGUCAUUUGUGGCCAAAGUCAUAAAGGUUAUGCUUGAAUUAGUUCAAAACUCAUACCCAUCAAAAUGAUUGGCGUGCACUCGCAGGUUCCUGGGGGCGGGGGGAGGGGCACGGGGAUGGGGCCCUCGCAUUUGUCUGUCUGUGGGCUGUAUGUGUGUUCACUGGGUAUCCUCGGGUCUCUGGAUUUGGGUGGCUUUCUUUCCCAGCUGUGCAGUGUGGCCCUGGAUCUGGUUCUGUCCUAUCAGUGGGAGGCUAUGGGCAGUGGAGGGCGGGCACAGACGGACACUGUACGGGAAGCGGGUGGGUCUAGGGGGGAAUGGAAUGGCUGGGCCCUCCCCUACCACGGCCAGUGCAAGCAGGCCCGACGGACAUCCCAGUGGCUCGCCUUUUUGGGGGGAAGCCGCACCAGAUACGACAGAGCCAGGGAUGCCAGCUGGACUGCAGACUACCCAGAUCAAAGCCGCUGCCUGCUGCUGUGUGUUUCUCUCGUCUAUCUUCCCAACCUUCUCAUGCAUGGAGAGGGUGUUCUCACCAACGGCCUUAGAAUGCCCGGCUGAAGCCUCACGGGAUGAGACAACCAUCCGAUACUAGAUGUGUUUAUUAUCAUUGCAGCUUCAAGAAUGACAACAGAAAAUCCUGUAUCACCAAUGUUUACAAGUCCAAGUAGACAUCAGCCCGUGUAACAUAUGUAAUUUAUGCAAGAGAUCACACCUGUCUUUUGUAACCAAUGCACUGGGCAACCCUGUAAAUAUUUUACAGUGUGUUUAUGGAAACGGAGAGCAUCAUUCGCUGUCGCGCUGUAACAUAAUGCACUUUUCUAGUUUUUCAUUAAAAUCUCUAAGGCACCUUUG